GCGCUAAGGGCUGGGGGGACGCUCUACCGGAGCUGCCAGGCCAGACGCCCCAGCGCCUAGAGACCUGGCGCGGCAGCACUCCCCGCCCCGGCGACUCCCGCGGUCGGGACCCGCCUGCGCAGCUGGAACGCGGGCGCCCUAGGUGUCUAGGCGCAUCCGGGUUGCAGAGGCCGCCGGAGUGCGAGCGGGUAGACGGCCUUCGAGAAGGAAACGGCGGCAGCGCCCCCAGUCGGUCUGCCAAGCCAGGAGCGCGGGUACCUGUGAAGCGCCGGAUUAAGAACCCGCCAGGAGGAGGCCCGUCAUUCUACCUCUUGUGGCCACAAUGCUGACUGCCCGCCUCUCCAGGCCCCUGUCAAAGCUCCCCGGGAAAACCCUGAGUUUCUGUAACAGAGAAAAUGGAACAAGGCACACACUGCUGUUUUACCCUGCCUCCUUCGUCCCUGUGGGUCGUCGCACUUACGCUGAUGCAGUGAACCCGGUUGGCAGCAAAGCCGUCCUGGUCACAGGCUGCGACUCUGGAUUUGGGUUCUCCUUGGCCAAGCAUCUGCAUUCAAAAGGCUUCCUUGUGUUUGCUGGCUGCUUGUUGAAGGACAAAGGGGAUGCUGGAGCCAAGGAACUGGACAGCCUGAAGAGUGAUCGAUUGAGAACUGUUCAGCUCAACGUCUGCAAAGGCGAGGAGGUGGAGAAAGCAGUAGAGGUCAUCCGCUCGAGCCUGGAGGACCCUGAGAAAGGUAUGUGGGGCCUGGUCAACAACGCGGGCAUCUCGACGUUCGGGGAGGUGGAGUUCACCAGCAUGGAGACUUACAAGCAGGUGGCGGAAGUGAACCUCUGGGGCACAGUGCGGGUGACAAAAUCCUUUCUCCCCCUCAUCCGAAGGGCCAAAGGCCGUGUGGUCAACAUCAGCAGCAUGCUGGGCCGCAUGGCCAACCCGGCCCGCUCCCCGUACUGCAUCACCAAGUUCGGGGUGGAGGCUUUCUCCGACUGCCUGCGCUACGAGAUGCACCCUCUGGGUGUGAAGGUCUGUGUGGUGGAACCCGGCAACUUCAUCGCUGCCACCAGCCUCUACAGCGCUGAGGGCAUCCAGGCCACCGCCAAUAAGAUGUGGGAUGAGCUGCCCGAGGUGGUGCGCAAGGACUACGGCAAGAAGUACUUUGAUGAGAAGGUUGCCGCCAUGGAGACCUACUGCAACAGUGGCUCCACCGACACGACCCCCGUCAUCGACGCUAUCACCCACGCCCUGACCGCCGCCAACCCCUACACCCGCUACCAUCCCAUGGACUACUACUGGUGGCUGCGAAUGCAGAUCAUGACCCACUUGCCUGGAGCGAUCUCCGACAGGAUCUACAUACACUGAAGAGUUUCUAGCUGGCCUCUGUCGGGAGCCCUGGUGGGUGGGAGGGAAAAGAAGGAGGGAGGGAGGAAGGAAGGAGCUUAUGUAGUCACCUCUUCAUUACUCACUUGUGGAUUGUCCACCAUCCCAGGAGGACCCACUACCAGUUUUAGUAUCAACCGAAACGGGUAGCCCAGCCCGACUCGGGUGCACAGUGAGUGGCUUGGGCCUCUUCCAUUGGGUGCGGAGUGGUGGGCAGGGCCCCUAAACUUCAGGGCAAACAUGGUGCCUUGUCUUUCUGGAGUUGAUUUCAUACAAAGAUUUGGGGGAAAUACCUUUGUAUUAAAAAUAGAUUUAUUAUAAAACAUAA